UUUUGGGAACUCUAACCUGGUAAUCUAACAGAACCCGUCAUAAACUGGGAUUGUAAUUCCCAAGGAGUGUCGUUUAGCAGACUAGACGUCGGGUUGAGACAGACGUCCGCGGCGGGGGACAUCUCCGGGCUGCUGAGCACGAUACCCGGGGUGGGCUGAUGUUAGCUGACUGGCUAAGCUAAUAACAUCAACAAGGCACUGCAGCCGUCUCUCCUGUCAUUUCACCCUUUAUUGGUCUGCUGGUGGCUGAAGGCUGUUUUAUCUCAGACAUUGGGGCGUGUGGCUGAGUCUAGCGGUAUGAUAGAAGUCACCGUGAAGACGUUGGACUCUCAGAGCAGGAGCUACAAAGUCAGAGGCGAGCUGACAGUGAAGCAGUUCAAGGAACACAUAUCAUCAUCAGUGGAGAUCCCAGCAGACAAGCAGAGGCUCAUCUACCAGGGCAGGGUGCUGCAGGAUGAGCGGCCGCUGAGUGAAUACCAUGUAGAUGAGAAGGUAAUCCACUUGGUAGAGCGUGCCCCACCUCAGGCGACCACCUCUGGAGCUGAGGGGGUGGAUGAUUCUACCAGGGGACCAGAUGGUGGAAGCAGCAUUAGCAGCAGCCGUGCCUCUACCUCCCCCCAAGGUGCACCGCAUGAUCGCAACAGCUAUGUGAUGCUGGGGACCUUCAACCUGCCGGUCAACAUCAUGGACCAACAGCAAAUCCAGAUGUCUGUUCAGCAGAUGAGGACUGGAGUCGGUGAAGCUGGAAGGAACUCAAGGGUCAGCACUAGCUCCGGGAGCAAUGGGUCGGUGGACUUGCGGAUUAACUUGGACCAUUCGGUGCAGAGUGAGCCCAGAAUGAGGCUGCAGCUGGCAGGGAACCUGCUGAGAGACGCUCAUGCUCUAAUCUACAGGCUGGAGGGAGAGUCCAGUGACAGCAGAUCCCAUUCACAGCCAGAGUUUCCUCAGUCCUCUUCCUCCACAGUUAGAGGGACUGGAGCAUCUCAACUAAUGGACACCCGCUCCCCUCCUACUCCAUUAUCCACGCAGGCAGAGGAAUCAGCCAACAGCGAGCCCAACCACCCCAGUCCAGCAGAGCUGGUGGAGGUUCUGUCUGAGGUCAGGAGGGUGGAGGAGAGGUUACGGCCCUUCAUAGAGAGGACCCACUCAAUACUUGUGGCAGCCACCUCAGCAGACUACAACAACAAUACCCAGGAAAGGGAGCAGAACCAGCACCUUCUCAACCAGGUCGGAGAUGCCCUGCGACUCCUUGGCAACGGCUUAGUUGUGCUCGGUGACCUACGCUGUAACUUGGCAAUCUCUCCCCCACGUCCCCUGUACGUGGCCCGUCCAAUGGCUCUGCUGCCGCCUGGUCUGCCUCACAUGGCCGUUCCAAUCAACUUAGGGACAACAGUGACCAUGACAUCUAAUGGGAGACCGACAGCUGAAGGACAACACCAGCCGCCUCACGGCGCUGGCCUAUCGGAUCAGCCUUCUCUGUCCAAUAGGACCAGUCACCAACAAGGACCGGGAGGACCACGAGUAAUCACCCACCAGGCCAUGGAGCCUGUGGUCAUGAUGCAGAUGAAUGGUGAUGGUGAGGCAGCUUCCGGGUCUCAGGUCCCAGGACUGCCGAACACUGCAGGAAUACCCUCUGAGUUCAUGCAGGCCAUUGUGCACCAGAUGUCCCACCAAGCCGCCGCCAUGGCCCCUGCAGUGUCAGCUGGCCCCCCAGCACAGGUGGAGUCUGUCGCUAGCUCAGCUUCUAACAUGGAGGGAGCUGCUUCCACACAGCACCCCCAACCUGCUGGGACAAGGGUUGUUAUCAACAGACCAUCCUUCUCCCCCCACAUCCCUCAACCUGUAGGACCGCGAGGAACCACCAUCCGCCUGAGGGCCACAGUACCCGCAGCUGGUCAACAGCUGGAGCAGGGCCCCCCUCCGGCUCCCUCCUCCCUUACCCGGAUGAUCAGUGGUCUGGUUGGACAGCUCCUGAUGGCGGGGCAGCCAGGGGACCCCAUGUCCACAUCCUCUUUGGCCAGCUCUCAGUCCUCCAUCUCUACCUCGUCCUCCACCGUGUCUCCCCCCAUUCCCUCUGCUAACACCUCCGGACAGACAUCCACCCACACCACCAACACUCCGUCAACUGGCCAGCCCACAGAGGGAAGUCCUGAAGGACAUUUGGCCCAGCUACUGGGCUCUGUGCUUGGUGGAGCAGCUCCCUCCAUCACCGUGACACUGCCAGCCUUCUUCCAGGGCCUUUCGGACUUCACACAGCCAGCUGAGCGUAGGGCUGCCGCCCCAGUCCCCCCUCAGUCCAGUGGUCCCUCUCCUACUCUAGCUGGCGGCGAUUCAGGUGGAGACUCUCUGAGCCCGGAGCUGUUCACUGGCAUCGUGCAGGGAGUGCUGUCCACCAUGAUGAGCUCUCUGGGGGCCCAGCAGGGCAACGGAGAGAGCAUCGCCCAGUUCAUCCAGAGACUGUCCCAGACCAGCAACCUUUUCUCGCAGGGCUCUGGAGACGCUGUGGGGUUUUUUGGUGACCUACUGUCCGUGGUGUGUCAGAGCUUCUCCAUGGUAGACAUGGUCUUGCUGCUUCAUGGGAACGCCCAGCCUCUGAGUCGCAUCCAGCCCCAGCUCACUGACUUCUUCAAUGAGCACUACCUGCAGGGCAGAGAGCCCAGUGACGCCAACAUAGAGAUAGCAGCCGAGCAGCUGAUUAACGGAUUGGAGGAGUACAUAGCAGAGAGCUUUGCCACAGUGACAGUGCGGGACGGAGUGGACAUCGUUCAGACCAACCUGUCUUUCCUCAGACAGCAGUUCACGCAGAUGGCCUCCCUUAUCCUGCACCCCAAUGAUAUCACGUUUGGCCCCCGCCUGCUGCUGCUGUGCACACAGGGCCUGUUUGAGUGUCUGGCUCUGAACCUGUACUGCCUACGAGGAGAGCAGAGAUGUCUGACGGCCGUCAUCACCCAGCGCCUUAGGAGGAUGUCUGCAGAAGUCAAUCCCAGUCUGGUCAACUGGCUGACCAGUAUGAUGUCUAUGAGGCUGCAUGUGAUUCUGGAAAACAAUCCGGUGACUGAGGACCACAUCCAGCACUACAUCAUCUACACACAGAUGGAGGACAGUUUGUCUCCGGCUCCAGCCACCACAGCAGUGGAGGCCCCUGGAGAGAGGGGAGCAUCACCUGGAGUAAAACCGGCCUUAUCAGGGGACAGGUCGUGUCCUGGCUGGGGCCCGACAGGCCGGGAGGAGGCGUCCCCUGGGGUGGAGUCAUGGGCAGCAGCUGUUCCACCUGAAUGGGUUCCAAUCAUCAGAAAUGACAUGCUGUCUCAGAGGAAGAUGAAAGGCCAGCCGCCGCUGUCCGAUGCCUAUCUGCACAGCAUGCCCGCCAAGCGGAGGAAGAUGACCCAGUGUGAAGGGCCCCACCUGUCCCUGUCAGACGCAGUAGGUCGGGCUGCUCGAGCUGCAGGAGCCCAGCCAGUCACCGACCCAAACUGCCUGCAGGGGGAGCUGGAGACGCCAGAGUUACAGGAAGCAUACACCCAACAGGUGAAGAGUGACAUCAGAGAGCGUGUGAGAGACAAUCCGAACUACAACACUCAGCGAUUCCCAAACACACACCAAGCUUUCUCUGUCGAAGACAGCUAAUCUUCCUCAGCGCUGUGCGACCAGCAGGCACUCAACAGACCACCCGCAGCAUGGAACUCUGGGUUGUGUUGUGUGCUAUCAUCCCCUUCCCACCUCAGAAUUCAAUGAAUUCUGACUUUUUGGUCUGGAUGGAGAAACCUGCUGACUGGACUUUCCAUAGCAUAGAGUUAAGAGCUGUGAACUAAGUGGCUCAUUUCCUUUGGACACCUCUGAGGAACUUAUGAUGUAGUAGCUUAGUGAAAUGUCAGUAUACUUCACACUCAAUAAGAAAGUAACAAUAUUACAUUGAAAAAGGUCAUAAUUUUAGAAAAGUACAGUUGUAAAAUUGUGAUGGAAAAAGUGUUUGUCUUGAAAUAUUGUAUUGAAGUCAAAUUUAAAGCCUAAACCUUAACAAUUCUGACCGAUACUAAUGGUUCCUUUUAGUAACUGGUCACAUUGUGUCAACACGUCAUUUGCACCAACUAUUAGUAGCUUGUACAUAUGUGGACCGAAGAUGUGAAAUCAUGCACAAUCAACGUAAUUGUUAGGCUUUCUCGCCGUAAAGACGUAGAGAAAACCAAAUUUGCAAAAAAAAUCCCCAAAAGGCAAAACACAAAAUCCAGAAAAAACUCUUUAAACUGUUGAUUCGCAAAACAUGUAGGUACGGGCAUAGAUACUUCACAAAACACUGAAUGACAAUCUGACAGGGAACAACAGAAAGACAUACCUAUAUAUAGGAGGGGAAACUAACCAGACACAGGAGAAACAAAUCAGGCAUACAAUCAGGGAGAUAGAGGACAGGUGAAUGACAACGGGCAAAGGGCGGAGUCUACGGACGAUGACAACAAACACAUGACGAAAUAAACAAACCGUGGCAUAACAAAACACACAGCAAUCACAAUGAACGUUUCUUAGACCCCAGAGAUCUUUACAUUGAUCUACUCACUCUACCUUUUAUCCAAAUAUUCCGCUUUAUCCUCUGCUUAUUUAUCCUGGUACUACAUUGUCGUUCUAUCAUGUGCUGAAAAUGUUGCAUUCUUGAUCUGUACAAGGAAAAGAUGAAAAUAAUUGCAAAUUGUUCAUAGUAAAUGGUAAGUGAUAUCAUAGAGCUCCAUCAGUAUUGUUGCUCCGUGCGUGUGCGUGUCUUGCACACAAUGAUCUGCCACAGCGUCAUCAUGAGGCUCCAUUCAAACUGAAUGUCUGCUUUGUGCUUGUUAACAUGACUGGAAUAAAUUAAUUCAUGAAUACA